AUGCGCCCUCCUCCCCAACCACCCUCCGGUUUCCUUCGCUUACCUGCCGCACCUCCCCUCCCCCCUUCUCCCUCCUUCACCGGCUCUCCCCAUCCCCCUUCCUUUUCCUUCCUUCUUUCCCUCCAUCCUCCCCUCCUCCCCCUUGCCCACAUCCCCCCGCGCUUCCCCCUUCCCCCAUUCUUCCUUACCCUUAUUCUCAUCUCCCUCCUUCCUUUCUUGACUCCAUCCUCCCCCUCUUCCCCCCACAUCUUCCCCGCCUCUUUCCCCCUCCCCCGGGCUUCCCCUCCGCGUGCAGCCACUGCGCCGAAACCCUCGGCCGGCGGCGCGCGGAACUCGGAGGUGUCUGUUCCGCGGAUGACGAUCGCGGACUUCAAGGCGAUGACCAACAACUUCAACCCUUCGAGCAUGCUGGGCGAGGGCUCCUUCGGUCGCGUGUACCGCGGCGACCUUAACGGGCGCGCCGUGGCGAUUAAGAAGCUCGACGCGGGGUCGCAGCCAGAGGACGAGUUCCUAGACGGGGUGGCAGUGGCGAGCAAUCUGCGGCACUCAGGCAUGGUGGAGCUCAUGGCCUUCUGCUGUGACGGCCCGCAGCGAGUGCUCGUGUACGAGCUCGCGGAACAUGGCAGCCUGCACGACAUCCUGCACGGCCGGAAGCUAGCAAUCAAGACGGACGAAGCGCCCAUCACGCUCUCCUGGCAGCAGCGCAUGAAGAUUGCUCUGGGAGCGGCGACAGGACUGGCCUAUCUGCACGAGGAGGCGAACAUGGUGCACAAGGGUGUGAAGUCGAGCAACGUGCUGGUGUUUGAGGACUUUACUUCCAAGAUCGCGGAUUUCAAUGUGGCGAACGAGGCCCCGGACCAGGCGUCCCGCCUGCACUCCGCCCGCGUGCUGGGCACGUUUGGGUACAACGCACCUGAGUAUGCGACGGUGGGGCAGCUGACGCAGAAGAGCGAUGUGUACAGCUUUGGCGUGGUGCUGCUGGAGCUGCUCACAGGGCGCAAGCCCGUGGACCAGAACAUGCCACGCGGCCAGCAGUCGCUCGUGCAAUGGGCCACACACGGGAGGCUAGCAGAGGACAGAGUGAAGCAUUGUGUGGACCCCAAGCUCAAAAGCGCAUUCCCUGCUAAGGCCGUGGUCAAGUUCGCAGCUCUGGCAGCGCUGUGUGUGCAGUACGAGGCGGAGUUCCGGCCGUCCAUGGGCACAGUUGUCAAGUCGCUCCUGCCGCUCACUCAAGAAGGCGCGGAUGGCGACGACUGA